GAAGACAUAAAUUUCACAACAUAUCCAUACACCUAAUAUCCAAAAAAAAUGUUAAAGAUUGCUCUUUUCUUCUACUUCUUCCUCUUCUUUUACUCAGUUUUAUCUAAUCAAAUCUCCAAUUUAGAACACAAAGCUUUACUUGAUCUUAGAUCAUCUUUACACAUCAGAGCAAAAAACUGGCCAAGAAAAUCCAACCCUUGUACCAAUUGGACUGGAAUUCAUUGCAACAAUGACAAAGUUGUGGGAAUUACGUUGACAGGACUAAGAAGAAUUCACAAAGGGAACAUGUCUCUGCAGUUUGCUGUUGAUUCUUUAGUCAAUUUUACUCACUUGACAUCAUUCAACUCAUCAGGUUUUGUUCUUUCAGGGCAAAUACCUGAUUGGUUUGGCCAAAAGUUAACUCAACUCAAACAACUUGAUCUUAGUUCAAGUUCAAUUCUUGGUUCACUUCCAUCCUCAUUAGGGAGUUUGAAUAAUCUUGAUUUUCUGUCUUUGUUUAACAAUUCAAUUACAGGAACUGUUCCUUUAGAACUUGGAAAGUUGAGUUCUUUAAGGGUUCUUAAUCUUUCUUGGAAUUCAUUUACAGGUGAAAUUCCAACUUCUGUUUCAGAUAUUAAGAAUCUGUCUGUUCUUGAUUUGUCUUCAAAUUUCUUUUCUGGACAAAUCCCAGUUGAGUUUGGUUCAUUUCUAGGACUUAAGUUACUUAAUUUGGCAAAUAACAGUUUAAGUUCUUAUAUUCCUUCUGAAAUUUCAAAUCUUUCUGCAUUAGUAGAACUUGAUCUUGGCUAUAACUACUUGUCAGGGUCAUUGCCUGAGGGUUUUUUCAGAAUGAGAAAUUUGAGUAAAUUGUUAGUUGGAAAUAAUGAGCUAGAGGGUACAUUGUCAAGUACUUUGUUUACUUCAAAUGAUUCUGUAUUGGUGUGUAUAAAUCUUAGUUGGAAUCGAUUCGAAGGCAAAGUUCCUGAUGUUUUGUGGUCAUUGUCUGAUCAUUUGAGGAUUCUUGAUAUAUCAGGGAACAAUUUUACUGGUGUGGUUUCAAAUAGUACCUAUUUUAGUGUUACUGGUGCUUCAUAUAACCUUUCUAAUAAUCUUUUCUAUGGAAAUGUGACGUUUGAUGUUCGGAGUUUUCAGUCGAUUGAUCUGUCUAAGAACUAUUUUCAAGGACUAGCACCUGCUAAAUCUGGUGUUCUAGUUAUGGAUAAUUGCUUUGCGGGGUUAUUGAAUCAGAGGAGUUUAGAUGAUUGUAGUAAGUUUUAUGCUGAUAGGGGUCUAGUUUUUGUUGAUGGUGGAAUCCAAACUCCGGUGCAAAGAGCCUCUAAGGGCGGGCAUAAACGUUUGUUUAUCAUGGUUGGAGUUUUUGGUGGAGUUGGUGUUCUUAUGCUUAUGGCAUUAGUCAUUUUAUUGUUUUGGAAGGUAUGCUAUAGAGGGAAUUCAAACGAAAGAGGCAUAUCGAAUGUUAGUCCAGUUGUGGAAGGAGGAAAUAAUCAGGCACCACCAGUAAAGUUCUCUCGUGAUACAUCUGGUUCGAUAGAAUCAUUUACUUAUGAUCAGAUACUAAAAGCCACAAGCAACUUCAAUGAAACAGAUCUUAUCAAGAAUGGUCAUACAGGAGACAUUUUCCGAGGAAUAUUAGAAGGCGGUGUCACCGUAGUUAUCAAGAAAGUUAAUGUACACCAUAUCGAAAAAGAAACAUACAAGUUGGAGUUGGAUUUGUUAAAUUGGACAACACACCAUAGGCUUGUCCCUUUUUUGGGACAUUGCUUAGAUCAUGAGAAUGAGAAGUUUUUGGUCUAUAAAUAUAUGCCAAAUGGAGAUUUGUUCAAUUUGUUGGCCCGGGAUACGGAUUUAGAAGAUGAAAAUGGACAGUCUUUGGAUUGGAUAACAAGAUUAAAAAUUGCAACAGGAGCUGCAGAAGGCUUAGUUUAUUUGCACCAUGAGUGUAAUCCUCCCCUUGUUCAUAGAGAUGUUCAAGCUAGCAGUAUCCUUCUCGACGAUAAAUUUGAAGUAAGGCUGGGAAGUUUGAGCGACGUGUGUGCACAGGAAGGUGAUAGCCAGAAUUUGAUCACAAAGUUUUUCCGCACGACAAAGAAUCCUGAGGGAGAGCCUGCUGGAUCUUCAUUUACAAGUUGCAGUACUUAUGAUGUAUACUGUUUCGGGAAGGUCUUACUCGAGCUUGUAACUGGUAAGGUUGGAGUAAGUCACUUAGAUGAUGCCUCAACCAAGGAGUGGUUGGACAAGCUUCUUCCUUUCAUCACUAUACGCGAGAAAGAACUAGUGUCCAAGAUAGUCGAUCCAUCUCUAAUUAUAGACGAUGACUUACUUGAAGAGAUGUGGGCUGUAGCAAUAGUAGCCAAAGCAUGUCUUCAUCCGAGGCCUUCUAGACGUCCUGAAAUGAGACGCGUCCUGAAAGCUCUUGAGAACCCGUUCAAGGUUGUUAGGGAAGGAAGUUUCAACUCUAUAAGGCUACGAAAUACUUCAUCGAGGCGAUCAUGGAGUGCUGCUUUUCUUGGUAGUUGGAAUCAUAGCUCACAGGAUAGUGUUAAUGCUAGUGGCCAAACAAGCAAAGAAGCUGGCAUGAACCUGAAACAGCAUUCUAUUAGCAGCGGGAACGAACAUUCAUCAUCGUGUAAGAGAUCAUCGAGUGAGAUUUUCCCCGAACCUCAGGACACACUAGAUAUAGAGAGACAAGACAUGAGCUAGCCGUCUAGCACGAAUCUAUGCCAAAUGCAUUUCUGCAGGCAGGGGUUUUGUAAGUAUAAGGAACUUUGAUUUUUUAUUAGAUGAGCGGCGGUACUAUGAUCAUUCUGAAGACAUGGGGCCUACACACUACACACAUGUUAUGCGGUUGGUAAACUCUUUCCUUCUGCAACAGCCUAUCAAAUCAGAUCAGUAUUUUUUAAUAUGUUGUGUUACAUCAUGUACAUGUAUUCUGUUUUCCUCUUUUCUUUUAGUGUGUCACAAAUGCUCAUGUGCUUUGUAAAUUUUCAAAAAGGUUACUCUUGUUCCU